AUGUGUAUGCGUGCUAGUGCUUGUAAUGCAAAGUAUUUGCUCUUGGUUUUACUUGUUUGGAGCACUCUUUGUGCUUUGAUGAGUGGUAUUUGUUAUGGGAGGAAUAUAGAUGAUAGUAGUUUUUCUGAUCCUAAUCAUUGGAAUCCUGGUGGUGAUAGUGAUGAUGAUUAUUGUUUAUAUAGAAGUUGGAGGGGAUGUGGGAGUUUCAAUGGGAGAGGUGGUAGAAGUUCUAAAAGUGAAGAUGGUACUGGAGGUGGAGGUGGAGGUGGAGGAGGAGGUGGUGGUGGUGGUGGCAUUGGUGAGGGCUCAGGACAUGGUGAGGGUUAUGGUGCAGGUGAGGGAAAUAAUGGAGAUGGUGCAAUGAGUGGUGGAGGAGGGCGAGGAGGAGCAGGAGGAGGAGGAGGAGAAGGUGAUGGAAAUGGUGAGGGAUAUGGUCAUGGUAGUGGUUUUGGUGUUGGGGUGGGGUUUGGAAAUAUUGGGAAAGGAGGUGGUGGUGGAGGAGGUGGUGGUUUUGGUAAUGGUAUAGGUAGUGGAAGGGUAGGUCGGGGUAGUGGUUUUGGAGUGGGUGGGGGUAAUGGAGGACGUGGUGGUGGGGGAGGAGGAGGGAGUGGUGGUGGAAGUAGCUAUGGAGGAGGACAAGGUCAGGGAAGUGGUUUUGGAGGAGGUGGAGGAAUGAGUGGCUUAGAAGGAGGUGGAGGAGGAGAAGGAGGCGGUACAGGAACUGUUGGCAUGGGAGGGGGAGGAGGUGGAGGCUGGGGUGAAGGAGGUGGCAAUGGAGGUGAAGGUUUUGGUAGUGGUUUUGGUGCAGGCAUGGGUGGUACGGGAGGAGGAAUGGGUGGUGGAGGUGGAGGUGGAGGUGGAGAAGGUAGUAGUGGAGGGAAAGGUGAAGGUCACGGAAGCGGUUUUGGGGGAGGGUAUGGCUAUGGUAGUGGCUUUGGUGGUGGUAUGAAUACAAGUGGAAGUGAUACUGAUACCACCCAAAGUGAGGACAAUAACCAUGGUGCUAACAGUGACAUGGGAAUGGGUUUUGGCAUGGGCAUGGGUUUCGGUUUUGGAAUGGGGAGCAAUGGUGUAGGUGUAACUUCUCAUGUUGAUCCCAAGGUUCCUUAG